AUGCCCAGACAAGCAGCAGAACCAGCGAAGCGCGGCCGCCCUGGUAAAACCCAGCAGCCAGCCGCGGGCGCCAAGCGCAAGGCUACGCAGCAGCCGGCACGUAAGAAGUCGGGACCUUUCGAACUCUCCGACAGCGACGCACCAGCAUCGCGGGGCCGGCGGGAAGCCCCCGACGAUGCAGAGGAGGAAGACGAAGCAGAAGAAGAGGAGGAACAAGACGAAGAGGCUGGGGACGAAGGUCCAGACAAUACUAUACCUCCCGAGCUGCUGACGCGGCUGCUGCACGAGUUCUUUGAAAAGGACGACACGAGGCUCAGCAAGGACGCGAAUUUAGCGGCGGGAAAGUAUAUGGAUAUCUUUGUGAGAGAGGCGAUCGCGCGGUGUGUGCAUGAGAGGCCUGGUGGCUUUCUUGAGGUUGAGGAUUUGGAAAAAAUUGCACCUCAGCUACUCAUGGACUUCUAG